AUGGCCUUAGCAUAUAGCUCCAUCUAUGAGGCUAGUCUGAGUUGUCGCGAGCGAUUGCAAGAGUGUGUUGCUCAGCCAGCGCUAAUGACGGAUGAGUGGGCAAGGAAACGACUAGCUGAUUUCAACCUUUGGGCAGCUGGCUCAGGCGCACUCGCCAGAGCACAUGCUUCACUUGACGAACAACUCUCCGAGAAGGAAACUGUUCGGAGUGUUGUAAUAGAUCUUUUGGGGCUUCUUGAGGCAUUGACACGCCGGUGUCUACAGACAGUUGGUCACAGUGAUUAUGUGGACGAUAAAUAUGCCGAUAGCUCCAGUGACGAGAAAGAGCCGGCCUUGACCGAAAUAUUCGCCGACACCGAAGCAAUCAUUACAAAGCUUGUUCGAAUUUCGAUCGCGAUCCGACGUUCCGGCGCUCAGGCUCACCGUGAUAGAGCAGACGGCUCUUAUGUAUCAGAUAUCUAUGAUGAACUGAGGGAUCAUCUCGGCUUCCUAAUUAGCGUCUGGGCUACGAAGUCAGAGCGAGAAAAUGGCUCAACAAGAUACCCCGAAUAUGCAUCAUACCGACUUAACGAGGUCCAAAAAAGGCUGAUAGAGUCUAACACAAGAAGGCGUCAUCGCUUCCUUUUCGCGAGGAGACGAGGUGUAAAGCGUGGGAAAGAGCGUGAUGACUUCACGACCGAUGAAAGACAAGUAAGGGGUUUGCAAAUACGUCAGCCCAGCACCUGCCAGGAAGUAGGCAACGCCGUCAACUUACCGACGACCGAAGGCGCGGCACAGUCACCGCACAUACUUUCUCAUUUUGCUGCUGCUACAAUUGCUGCAAGUUCUGUGCCUACUGCGAUUCAGAAUCCCAUCAAUCUCGCCUUGACAAGCCAAGCUUCAAUGACUGCGCCUUCCUCUAUCAGUUCAAAGGUUGUUUAUCCCAAGCCACCUAAAGUCAAAGAAGGCCAAGAAAUAUUUCGUUGUCCAUGCUGUCUCCAGACUUUGCCGCUUGCUACAGGAAUGGGCCUACGUUGGAAGAAGCAUUUGACGCAGGAUAUAAUGCCUUACAGCUGCGUUUUGAGUUCUUGUGAACGUCCUGAGAAGCUCUACGACACACGAAAAGAGUGGCUGAAGCACAUGUCAGAAGAACACAAUCAGUGGCAAUAUUGGCUAUGCUCGGCGUGUCUUGAGCCCAAGAGAUUCGACGUUGAGCAACUUUACGUUGAACAUCUUCUGAGAGAGCACGCCAAUGACAUCUCCGCAGACCAGAUCGAGGCAGUUGUUUCAAUGUCAGCAUCUAACGCGCCGCUACAUCUUGAACAAUGUCCCUUAUGUCCCGAAAGCUCAGCAGGCGAUCCUGAAGUCGACCCUGAAGCUAUGUUAAGUCAUGUUGCAGAACAUAUUCACUCAUUUGCUUUGUAUUCAGUGCCGUGGCCAGACAUGGCGAGCAAAGAGCGUGAAUAUCUUGGCAUUCAAUCGGAGCACCUUGCCGCUGAUUACUUCGCCGUGAGCUCGAAAGCGGGAAGUAGCAAUCAGUGGGGGGAUUCCCCUGGCUCAGAAGACACUAGAAUUGAUGCUGAAGGAAUGCCAGACUUGGUUUUUCAGGACCAAAACCCGGAAGUUCCUUGGGAUCCGGAACCCGUGCUAGAAAUGACACCGUCCAGCGCUGAGCCUGACAUAGGCUCGAGCCACCUUCAUGAUUCCAGAAUUCCCGACGGAGCUAACUUUCAGGGCCAAUUAGUCUCGAGACAGCUUCCUGCAGGAACAUGCGGAGGCAACACCUUUCUUCCGUACUCCUUCUUGGAAGAGAAGGUAACUACGCAGUUGGUCAAAGACACCCUAUCAUAUCAAACGAACAAAUCUCCAGAGACGAUAUCAAAGAUCGCCUCCUUCGUUUGUGGAAAGCCCGGGGCCAGGAGAGUUUUCGCGGUUCUUGCCUGCCUUAGUCGCCCGGAACGGAUUGACUUGUUCUACGAGCACAAUUUUGUCGACUCUAUUCUACCUCUCUUCGUCGAUAAAAGCAAGCAAGUGAAAACCCGAUCCGCUGAACCUGGCCAUUCUGAGAUCACCAAGAGGGUUUUUGCCGACAAGUUUUGGGCAUUCGUUAUUUCGCCGUAUCUCUUUUGUGACAACCAAUGGCAAUUUCUUGCACCGGUCUUGAACGAACAUCAAUUCAGAUACUCCUUCCGAAAGGAACACCGAAUGCCGUUCUUAGAGCAACCUGGUGGAUACAGAGAAAGUCACUUCAGCACGGUGGGAAAGUGGUCUAUUCAUCAGUCUCAUUUCGAGAAGAGCUCAAAACUUCGCCUGUCAGUCGACACAAAUGGACAUCCCAUUGUAGCAGUGAAAGAGCUGAGAAAUGUCAGCAUGAAUGAUGCAGAGUACCAUGCCGCAGCCGAGGCUGAGGCAGGAGUUCUAGAAAUGAUCCGUGAAAUGAAGCAUCCGCACCUCAUCAAGGCAAUCGCUUACUACAAAAGGGGUGAUCGGUACUUUAUUAUUUUCCCGUGGGCCGUAGGUGGUAACCUCCGAGACUACUGGGGAAGAGAACCUCCUCGUAAGCUAGAUGCAGAUUUUGUUGGCUGGGCUCUUGAUCAACUCUGUGGCCUGGCUAGUGCGAUUAACAAGCUUCAUUCGACAAAGGACUCCGCGUGUCGACAUGGGGACCUGAAGCCAGAGAAUAUCCUUUGCUUUGAGAACACUAGGAGCUCCGACCCGUUUUCUCAGCCGUUUCUCGUCAUUGCGGAUGUUGGUCUGGCUAAAGUUCACAUCUUAGUGACGGAGAUGCGUAACGAAGCUACACGCACGAUGAACGGAACGGUUAUGUACGAGCCACCUGAAGCCGUACUGCUGCUAACUAAGAAGCUACCACGAUCGCGACGUUAUGACGUUUGGUUCAUCGGCUGUAUUUAUUUGGAGUUCCUGAUUUGGCUUCUUUAUGGAAAGGGGGCACUGCUUCGAUUUGGAGAUGACAUAGCGCAUCCCGUGAACAGGACACGGCAAUUCUUCGAUGUACAUGGAUCUGGUGUGACCGGAGCGGCUAGCAUUAAACCUGGUGUUCAGAAGUGGAUGGAUUGGAUCAGAAGGGACCCAAGAUGCCCGCCGAACACUGCAAUUCGAAAGUUGCUGGAUCUCAUUUGCACACGAUUGCUAGUCAUAGAGGUAAGCAAGCUGAUGAGGAAAGAGUCGUCUGGAAGCGACAGUGCCCAAGGCAGCGCCACUCUACAUGCGACAGAUGGCCCAGAUACCCCGAGCAUUGUUCGAUCGGACGCCAACAGCAGCUUACAAGGCGAUACCGCCGACGACCUUCGUUAUCGAGCGACUUCUAUUGAAAUGUACGAAACACUGGCUGGCAUCGUGAAAGAUGCUUCAGGGAAACCGCCCAGAAUUGCUUGGAUGAAUUGGCAAGCGAGCUCUCCAGGAGGACUGGGACAACGCGGAGGAUCUCGUUCUCCUCCAAUAAACAGUUCCUUGGUAGCCAUUGAUGAUGGCUUGGCGGGUGCAGAUGAUAGUGGCCUGGGCCAUCCUGACGAUUACGUACAUGGUAUUGUUGGUACGUUUUCAGCCACCACCAAGAUACGAUAUGUCUUGACCCUCAAGGUUGAAAGAUUUACCUACAAAUCUGAUGUCUGGCGGCCUGGCUUUUAUGUCCUGACAAUGCAACUCUGUCUAGCCGGUAAGCUUCUUGCUAUUUCGAGAAGAGCUACAAAUUUUGACCACGCUGUCGAAGGAGAUCGAAAUUUCUCAUUCUCUUUUUCUGAUAACCUCGGAGCACUGGCAAACAAUUUGGAAGUCUGUGGCCUCUGUCGUCUCCAGUUCUUUUCACUUGAAUCCAUGAUAUCCAAGAGCUAUGGGGAGAUUCGGUUUGAAAAGUUCAGCAGCUAUUUGACAUCAAGUGUGAAGCCUGGACGGCCAGUUGCAGUCUUGUACAGCUUGCCAGUGCUUCCGGCUGCCGGUAGUCAAGCACAUAUCGCAGCAUUAUCGACGUGGAUAAGGGUCUGCGACGGUACGCAUGACUGUAUCCCAGUAUCCGACACCACCUUCCUUCCAACCAGAGUCAUUGACGUCGGAUCCAAGGGAGCCGAACAUUGCCGCUUGCUUUGCGCAGACCGUGGGCAAACGAGAUCAGGAAAAUAUCUUGCCCUAUCGCAUCCAUGGGGGUCUCCGGACCAACACAAGAAAUUUUGCACCUUGAAAGAGAAUCUUGAAAGCUUCAAAGAGGGGAUUAAGUUGACGGAGCUCCCCCAAACAUUCCAAGAUGCUAUCAACGUCACACGGAACCUCGGUAUUGGGUACCUCUGGAUCGAUGCGCUUUACAUAGUUCAGGAUGACCCUGAAGACUGGAAGAUGGAGUCUCUUCUCAUGGAACAGGUGUACAGCUCGGCCUAUGCAACUUUUGCAGCUAGCUGCGCAAGCGGUACCGAGGACGGCUUCUUGAAACCUCGACCAUGGCGACAAUGUGUUGCGUUAGCAUCCGACAGGGGCUCCUACUACAUCUGCGAAUCUAUCGAUGACUUUGGGCGUGAUGUAGAACAGGGGGAGUUGAACAAGCGGGCUUGGAUCCUUCAAGAACGAGCUCUAUCCCGCCGCACAAUAUAUUUCUCGGAAAAGCAGACGUACUGGGAAUGUGGAAGAGGCAUAAGGUGUGAAACAAUGACGAAAAUGAGAAACCGGAAAGCCUCGUUCCUGGGAGAUUCGGACUUUCCACACUCCAUCGACACCUACGUUCGCGGAAUGAAGAUUGAGCUUUAUCAGGAUCUCUAUCAGAAGUACUCGGGUUUGGCACUCAGCUCCAUUGGUGAUAGGCCAGUUGCCAUCCGCGGGCUUGAAGCACGUCUCAUCCGCACCUUCAGAACUGUCGGCUCUCAUGGAGUUUUUGAUACUUUCUUCCAUCGAUGUCUACUGUGGAAAAAGGCCAGCCGGUCUCUGAAUCGUAUCGAGUCGGAACUGCUCAGAGGAGUUUAUGUUCCAUCAUGGUCAUGGAUGGCUUAUGACGGCGAGAUCAAAUACUUGAAUGUUCCCUUCAACAAGUAUUCUUGGGAGGCGGACAUAAUCUCGCCGUUUAGGACUUGGUCAUCUCAGAGCAUGAAGGAGAGGGGCGAGAAAGAGGGGGUAUGUGAGAUCAAGGGGCCUGUAUGGGACUUUCGGGGCUGUGAUAGCCUCAAGCUGGAGCUCGACAAUCCAGACAGGAGGCUCUCGAACCUCAAAUGUGUCAUUGUGGCGAGGAGAAAGGAUUUACAAGGCGACCCUCAACAGUCACAUUACAUAAUAGUCGUGCACUCUGUUGCUGUUGACGGGCUCUGCGAGAUAUAUGAAAGAGUUGGCGUUGCGGAGGUCAGAGGAGAGCAGAUUGCAUUCAACAAGGGAAGUCAGAGCGGUAUUCUUAGCAAUGAAUCAUGCACUCUCCCACGCAUCCUUAUUCAUCCAGUAUACACCCACGAAAGCAAGCCACGAACCUAUAUUCCGCCCCUCAAUCCAAUUCUCGUCACCAGCACAGCAGACGCCUUCCUAGGCCGGUUGGUCAAGUCAAACUGUCUGGGUGGUGGAACGGUUAAUGAUCGACAAUCAGAUUUACGCCAACCAGCCUACUCGACGACAGUUUUAGCGAGAGUCCCCGAGUUCGAAUCCCAGCAUGAGCACCAUAACAAUCGCCAAGAGAUAGCUGCCCGCUGCCGUUCUGACCAUGGCGAUGCCGGCUACCCUACCUGGGGGGAAGAUGGCGAUGAAGGAAGCAGUUCUAGCCAUAUAUGUUCACCGCACUAUGAUUUGGGAAAGAAUGGAAGGCGGCAAAAACCAGGUAUCCCAUCAGGGGAGCCCUGUUCUGUCGCCAGUCUCACAGUUGUCUGCCUUCGCGCAGCUUACUCGAAGAAUACGGCUGUUGUUGAAACCAUCUUGCUCGUUGCUCUCUUCGUCCACGCCGAGGACCGCGGUCCUCACCGCUCGUCCCUGCCAUUGCCAUCGCACAAAAUGCAGAAACUUCAAGAUCCAUUCGUAUCCUACAUUCUGACCACCGCUCUGACUAUUUCCUCCUACUCCUUGAGUAGUCCGAAGCCUUCUCGGUCCUGCUUUGGCUUCGCAUAA